AUGUACGGAGAAGAUGUUAAAGAAAGAAAAGGAUUUCAGUUUGAUCAUGUUUGGACGAUCCACAAGGAUGCCGAGAAAUGGGCUGACCAUAAAUCCAAUCAUGCAGUUGGGAGCAUCUUUGAAGGAUCAGAGUCGAACACGCAAAGUCAACCUAAUGCAACAGAGGACGUUAUGGAUCUCAACACGAAGAGCAAAAGUUUUAUGAACAUGAGUGAUAGCCAGUUUCCCACGGACAGCCCAACAAGUCAGCAUGUUGGAAGAAAGGAGAAGGCAAAGAGAAAAAAGUCAGCGGGGUUUAGUUCUGAUGAGGGAAUUAUUAAGAGUAUGCAAGAGAUGGAUGCUAAACGUGAAAUGAGCAGGGAAAAAAAUAGAGUGAUUGUUGAUAAUGAAACUUAA